AUGGUGGUGGUGGUGGUAGUGGUGAUGCUGGUGGUCGUGCUGGCGGUUGUGGUGGUGGUGGUUGUGGCGGUGGCCUAUGUGGCCUUGGUGGUGUUGGUGGUGUUGGUGUGGGGAUGUGGUGGCGGUGAUGGUGGGGGUGAUGGUUAUGGUGGUGGUGAUAGUGGUCAGGGUGUGGUAGGGGUGGCGAUGAUUGUUCAGGGUGGUGGCCGUGGUGGAUGUGGUGAUGGUGGUGAUGGUGGUGGUCGUGGUGGCAGUUGUGGUGGUGGUCAAGAUAGUGGUGUCCAUCCCGGUGGUGGUGGUCGUAGCAAUUGUUAUCGUGGUGGUGGUGGUUGUGGUGGUAGUGGCUGUGGUGGUGGUAGCCGACAUGGGUGUCGUGGCAGUGGUCGUGGUAGUGGUCGUGGGGUUGGUGGCUGUGGUGGUGCUGGUGCUGGUGCUGGUGGAUGUCCUGGUGAUGGCCGUGGUGGUGGUGUCGUGGUGGUGGUGAUGGUCGUGAGGUUGGUGGCUGUGGUGGUGGUGCUGGUGGUGGUGCUGAUGGAUGUGCUGGUGAUGGACGUGGUGGUGGUGGCCUUGGUAGAAGUGGUGGUGGUGAUGGUGAUUGUCGUUGUGGUGGUGGUGGUUUUUGUAGUUGUGGUGGUUAGUGGUUGUGGUGGUGGUGGUUGUAGUGGUGGUAGCCAACAUGGGUGUCGUGACGGUGGUCAUGGUGGUUGUCGUGGGGUUGGUGGCUGUGGUACUGGUGCUGGUGCUGGUGCUGGUGGAUGUGCUGGUGAUGGACGUGGUGGUGGUGCGGUGGUGAUGGUGGUCGUGGUGGUGGUGGUGGUGGUGGGUUGUGGUAGCGGUGGUGAUGGUGGUCGUGGUUAUGGCCUUAGUGGCCUUGGUGGUGGCGGUUCUGGUGCUGGUCGUAGUGGAGCUGGUGGUCGUGGUAGUGGUGGAUGUGGUGGUGGUGAUGGUGGGGGUGAUGGUUAUGGUGGUAGUGGUGAUAGUGGUCAGGGUGUGGUAGGGGUGGCGAUGAUUGUUCAGGGUGGUGGCCGUGGUGGUGGUCGUGUGGUGGUGGCCGUGGCGGAGUUCGUGGUGGUGUGGGUGGUGAUAUUGGUAGUGGUGGUGAUGAUCGUGGUGGUAGGGGUGGCCAUGGUUGCGGUGGUGGUGGUGGGUUGUGGUAGCGGUGGUGAUGGUAGUAGUGGUGGUGGCCGUGGUGGGGGUUGUCGUGGUGGUCGAGGUGGUUGUAAUGGUAGUGGUGGUUGUGUGUUGGUGGCCGUGGUGGAGUUCGUGGUGGUAGUGGUGGUGGUGAUUGUGGUAGUGGUGGUGAUGAUGGUGGUUGUGGGGGAGGUCGUGGUUGCGGUGGAAGUGAUGGUAGGGGUGGUAGUUGUGGGUGUAGCGGUGGUGGUGGUGGGUUGUGGUAGCGGUGGUGAUGGUGGUCGUGGUGGUGGGUUGUGUGGUGGUGGUGGUAGUGGUUGUGGUAGUGGUAGUCGUGGAGGUGGUGGGUCUUGUUGUGAUGGUGGGUCUUAUUGUGAUGGUGGGGGUCGUAGUCGUGGGGGUGGUGGUGGCCGUAGGUGUGGUGGUGGUAGCUACUGUAGGGGUGGCCGUUGUGGUGGUGUUGGUCAUCGUGGUUGGGGUGGCGGAUUACAGAUUGGUCUCUGGUGGUGUCCAUGGUGGUGGUUUCCGUGGGUGUGGUGGUGUUGGUGGUUGUCGUGUGGUGGUGGUGGUUGUGGUAGUAGUGGUGAUGGUGGUCCUGGUGCCGUAGGGGUGAGGAUGAUUGUUUACGGUGGUUGCCGUGGUGGUUGUGGUGAUGGUGGUGCUCGUGGUGGCGGUUCUGGUGGUGGUCAUGGUGGUGGUGUCCAUCGCAAUGGUGGUGGUGCUGGCAUUGGAUAUGGUGGUGGUGGUUGUGGUGGUUGUCGUGGUAUUGGCUGUGUUGAUGGUGGUGGUGGUGGUGGCGAUGGUUGUCGUGGUUGUAGUGGUAUUUUUUAUGGUGGCGGUGGUGGUGUUCGAGGGGAUGGUGGUAGUGGUGGUGGUGAUUGUCGUGGUAGUGGUGGUGGGGGUCGUGAUGGUGUUGGUUGUGGUGAUGGCGGUGGUUGUGGUGGUGGUGGUUAUAGUGAUGGUAGCCAAUGUAAGGGUGUGGCGGUGGUCAUGGCGGUGGUAGUGGGGUUAGUGGCUGUGGUGGUAGUGGUGGUGGGUUGUGGUAGCGGUGGUGAUGGUGGUGGUGGUGGUGGCCGUGGUGGGGGUUGUCGUGGUGGCCGAGGUUGUUGUGGUAGUAGUGGUGAUGGUGGUGGUGGUGAUGGUGGUGGUAAAAGUGGUGGGCGCCGUGUUGGGGGACAUGGUGGUGGUUGUGGUGGUGGUUGUGGUUGUGGUGGUGGUGUUAUUGGCCAUGGUGGUCGUUGUGGAGGUUGUGGCGGUGGUGGUGGUGGUGGCCAUGGCGGUGGUUGUAGUAGCCAUGGUGGUGGUGGUGGUUGUCGUGGUUGCUUAAUGGUGGUGAUGGAUGUUGAUGGUGGUGGUGGUGGGUGGUGGUGA